AUGGAUCCCCGGACAUUAUUUUGGACUCUUGUUUUGGGUCUUACGAGUGUUGCGGAGGCGGGAUCUAUUGGUGACCAAUGUGAUUGGAGUGGAAGCGGUUUGAGCGUGACUGCUGAGAGAGGGGUGACACCGGUCUACCUGAGGUGCAGGGAGGGGUCAGUGCUGUGGCAGUAUCCCCGGGGGGCGUUACGACUACUCUUCAAACCCCCCCUGCCAGCUGAUGAGAGGGAUUUUAGGGUCUGCAUCAGGGUUAUACGUCGGCCUGAUCCACCCGACUUGUUUCACUCGCUACAGCUUAAUGAUACAGAAGCCACAGAACGCUUUCCAGCUCGUAUUUUCGUAGAGGGGGUGAGGAAGUUAAUCCCCCUCUACGCCCCCGAUGACGGAGAUCCGCGGGAGCUUCGCUGCUUCCGAAGCAAACGUGGUCGCGCUGCUUUGUACGUCGAAGCGGAACCAGAAGAUGGGACAAAGAAGAGAGUAGCGUCUUUCAAGUAUGAGGCGAGGUCCUUGGUGAGAAGACACUAUGACCCAGCCACAGCCGAAUGCAGACCAUGCUCGGAGUCAGAAUUGGAAUUGGCAUUCUGUACUAGUGAUCUUGUGUCGCGCGGAGUUAUAGUGGGGAGUGAGCAACGCGAAGAUUUGGAUACGACCCAACUUACUCUGCGCCUGACUAAGCUGAUCCGAGCAAGUUCUGCUACAGCGGAGUCUGAGGAGAAUGAUGAUGAAUAUUUUAGAUACGAUACAGACAACGCGAUAGAUCCACCGCGCAGUCAUCGCAAACAUCCGCGUCGCACACGCACUUUACACGCGCAUGUCCAAGUAGCCGCUAGAUGCGGCGCUGGUGCGGGCGCGGGCGAGUUCCUUGUUAUGGCGAGACGAGCUCUCGGCAGAUAUCACCUUGUAUGCGCUCCCAGGGCGCACGAAUGGAUCGAAUUAGCGAAUAGACGUAACAACGAGGGCACAGCGCAUUGUCAUUUACAGCAUUGA